AUACGGUUGCGACGGUGUAAACAACAAAGCACCAGAAGAGCUGCGAGGUGACAGAAGAUAAAGGUGCGUACACGUACAUGUACACGUCGAUGUCGGUUUCCCCCAACUCCAAUAUAAUUCGUUGUACAUGCUCUCGCCGUGACCGCUUAACCGGAGAAAAUACAAAGGCACAGUGACUGUCUCUUAGACGUUGGAAGGAGAGCAGAGUCAAGUUGCAGCAACGAUUAGGCAUGGCGAUGAGAGAGCUGGUCACAGGAGGCGGGGCUUGCGUCGUUCCGGGCUCUUCCUCUUCUUCAAAUCCCCUUGGUGCUUUUGCAAACACCCUACUUGGCUCGUCUUCAAAGAAUCAGGAAAGAGUAAAGGAGCUCCCUGGUACAACACUAACGGGUCCAGAAACUUCAUUGUACUCUGGGAGCAACGAUCGUGUAGCAACACUCCCCGGAUCAGAAUAUGAUUAUCAACGAUACCAGCACCCUGAUACUCAGGGCUCAGAAUUCCUUAAUAGCUUCCGUUCUACGGAUCAGGGAGCUCUUGCAGAUGCCUGGGAUGAGAUUCAUCAUGCUUCAGUUCCUCCUCAUGACCAUAAUGUUAGUAAUCGGGUUCAACCCACCUGGGAUGGGCCACCACAAAGAGUCUUGUCAAGUUUUUUGCACUCUUUUGUGGAGAGUGGCCAUGCUGGUCUUCCUUUUCAACCUGUGUCGCUUCCAGUUUUGGGAUUGUCAGAAGGGGACAAACGAUGUAUACGUGAUCGUAGCAGCAUAAUGGCACGACAUUUCUUUGGAAACAAGAAUGAAGAUUAUAUCAAUGCACAGAUAAAUGCACUGCUUCAUUCUUUAGAUAUUGAUAAUGAUGCUCGGGCUAAGGGUGCUCUACCAAUGAGAUUACAAGAGUUGGAAGAAUAUUGGAAUGAGUCUCAACGCCCCCUACGAUCUGUUGCUCCUCAUGCAGUAGAUGGAUGGGUUUCUGAAUACAGUCAGCACAGAGCGGCGCAUGGUGAUCCUGAAGCCUGGGCACACUCCUUUGAACAACAACAUGGUGCUAAUGGUUGGGCAUCUGAAUUUGAGCAGGAACAGUAUCAAAUUACGUCUGUGGGUAAAAUGAGAAGUGAAAACAUAUCAAGUAUGGCAGCAAUAGAGCAGACCCAUAUGCUUGCACAUACAUUAGCUCAGAAUGAGGACCCAAAGUUUCAGAAUUCGAAGUUCCUUCAGUUUGUCUCUAAGAUGAGCCGUGGUGAACUUAUCGUUGAUGACAAUCAAGUAAAACAAGCUGGGUUGUCUGCCUCCGGUGAUUGGGUUGAGGAAUAUCAAGAGCACUACAAUGGGAUUUCUAAUUCAUGGGCUGACCAGCUUGUACGUGAUGAGAUUCAUCAUGGAACUGAUAGAUGGGUGAAUGAGUUCACUACUGAACAAAAGCGAGGUGGAUCACUUGAUGAUGAGUGGGUCAACGAGUUUUCCAAGUUGCAUGUUCAGGAUUGGGCAGAAGAAUUUGAGCAUCAAGUUCGUGAAGGAGCUUUGGAGGGGGAAUCAGCUGAUAACUGGGCAAAUGCGUAUAACGAGUUCCUAAAUGAGAAAAUAGAUGACACGCAACGGUCAGAUACUUCACGAGGGGUAUACGUUUUUUCUGAUAUGAACCCUUACGUUGGUCAUCCCAAUCCCUUGAAAGAAGGGCAGGAGCUGUUUCGUAAAGGGCUACUGAGUGAAGCUGUUCUUGCUUUAGAGGCUGAAGUUCUGAAGAACCCUGAUAAUGCUGAAGGUUGGAGAUUGCUUGGAAUAACACAUGCUGAGAAUGAUGAUGACCAACAGGCUAUUGCAUCCAUGAUGCGUGCACAGGAGGUGGAUCCAACAAAUUUGGAGGUGCUUCUUGCUCUGGGUGUCAGUCAUACUAAUGAGUUGGAGCAGGCAGCGGCACUUAAAUAUCUUUAUAGAUGGCUUCAACAUCAUCCGAAGUAUGGAACGCUCGCUCCCUUAGAGAAGUCGGAUUCUCUGUAUUAUGCUGAUGUUGUUAGGUUAUUCAAUGAAAUUCAUCAUGGAACUGAUAGAUGGGUAAAUGAGUUCACUACUGAACAAAAGCGAGGUGGAUCACUUGAUGAUGAGUGGGUCAACGAGUUUUCCAAGUUGCAUGUUCAGGAUUGGGCAGAAGAAUUUGAGCAUCAAGUUCGUGAAGGAGCUUUGGAGGGGGAAUCAGCUGAUAACUGGGCAAAUGCGUAUAACGAGUAA